AUGAAAGUGUUGAUUAAAAUCACAUGUAAACUCAAUUAUCUAAAUACAAUUCAUGCUUUUAUGUUUUUAACAUUCCUCAUGCAAUGUGACCAAAUUUACAUUCAACCACCAAUUGUCGAUGUUGAUACUGGAAGAAGUGAAAAAGGUUCUUCAACCUUUCCUGAUAAUUUUUGUAGAAUGCUUGAAGCAGCUGAUCGAACUGGAGUUGAUGCAACAACUGAUGGUGGUGAGAAUGUUGACUUCUUUGAUUGUUGA